AUGGAUGAUAUCGGCGAUACUUUGCGAUCUGAACUGGAGAAAACAUAUUGCCCUCCAUUAGACUCUGCUCUUUUUGCUGCUCUUGUCUCCGAUUUUAAUCUCACGGAUUCCAACGAUGUCACUGCUUUAAGAGGGAUGUUGGACUCUCUAAAAGAGUCUGCUCAGCUCCAAGAAAACGAUCCAUUUGAUCCUUCAGGCACGGCAAAUGACCAGCUUGCCACCGACAUGGGCGGAAUUCUUUCCGAGGCCGGGACCUCAGCUCAUGGAGAUUCACUGCGCACAUUCACCGACGUCACUAGCAUGGAGUCAUAUUUUGCGUCCGAUGAAAGUUCCGAUAGAAAUAUUGCGUCACCGAUAAACCCAAACAUUGCGUACACCAUUGCCGCUGAUGGGUCCUUGAAAUUGACCGGUGCAUCGGCAGACGACAAGGUGAACUUGCUAGCUGCAAUGUUUCCCACUGUCUCUCUUCUUGAUAUAGAGCAGUGCUUGAAAAAGAGCGACGGUGAUGUCGACAAAUCAAUGGACGUAUUGUUAAAUUUGUCCUUUUUCAACGAGACCUUGACCACCGGAGACGACAGCCACAUAUCAGUGCCAAAGGGCAUAGAUGGAUUCUAUGCAGGAAAUGCAGACAUCGGUCGUCAGAAGGGUCGCAGCAAGAAGCGCAAUAAGAACCAGAAAGUCCCUCUGGCACGUUCUUCGUCAUCUCAAGACGCGUCUAUCACGAACAAGUGGGAGACAGGCAAGGCUGACAUAGAUUUCAUCUGCUCGUGCAUCCCUGAUCUGCCCAGAGGGAAGAUUUCGGCCAUCUACAACAGCAAAGGGAUGGACCUUCGUGCGACGAUCAAGGCUUUGGCUCUUGAUGACCAAUUCAAUAAUUCCGAUGUUGACAAGGACCCUGCCAUGAUGGAACAUGUUGCUGAACUUGCCGCUGUCUAUCCAACCAUCUCGAAGACCACACUCAUCGGCUUACUUCGGGUUACGGGCGACAUGGUAACGCCGGCAAAUGAACUGGCGGCCGUGUUGCUUCGACAGCCUUCUCAGGCUGAGAUCAGCGAACUUAUCAAGUUCACACCUACACCGCUCAAUCUUAAUGAUGACGAGGAGAAUGAUCUCUCUGGAGCCUCCUAUCGUCCCACGGAGCCUUCUCAUAACAACAUCGAAUAUGAAGAUCUGCAAUCAACUGCAAAUGCCAAUUUUGCUGCAAGUUCAGCCGCACAUAUGCAAGCUGCACAAGCUGCGCGUCGUUCAAGAUCCAACCACCUAUACGGUGGAGUAUCGGCAUACUAUCGCCAAGUUGGACAGGAGCAUCGGGAGCGUGCAAUGAAUCAACUUGCGGCAGCAUCUGAUCGGCUCGUUGACAGACAAUCGUCAAAAUGUGACCUGGACUUGCAUGGAGUCACUGUUGAAAAUGCAAAGCGCAUCACUCGCGAGCGCGUCGCUUCCUGGUGGGAUUCUCUUGGAGAUGUUAGGUAUAUACGAGGAGGCGGUAUUGAUGUUCAUGGCGGCUAUAAAAUUAUCACCGGCAUUGGCCGCCAUAGUCGGGAUGGCACUUCUAGACUGGGCCCGGCUGUUGGAAAAAUGCUAAUCAGCGAAGGAUGGCGUAUAAGUAUCACACCCGGGUCUUUGAUAGUUCUCGGUGCUACUCGACGCUAG